AUGAGCCAGUCGUCAGGAGAUACCAAGGAAUGGGAGGUCCUGAGUUCUGCGUCGACCGAUGAGUCGUCAGAUGAGUCUGUCAGCGUGCCCGAUUCCCCGAUAAAGUCGUUUGAAGUCCUUUCUGCUCCUGUAUGGGUUCUCAGACGUUGGAAUUCAGUACCAGCGAAUUUGAAUUACGGAUUAGAGGCAGAGUCAGAUUCGAACGAGGGUUCACCUUCUCGGACUACUUCUCCCGCUGAAUCUGAAACGCCUUCUGAAACUGAGUCAACAGGUGAACCUGUUGACUUUUCAGUGCCGCGUGAGUGCGAACAGGCCUGGGACUCAGAACACACUACCUCAGAAGAAUAUACAGACGACACCAACCUGACAUCGAUUCCAUACCCCGAUUACCUUUCCGAGUCAGAAGAAACGGUACCACCUUUCCAAAUUAAAUCCGCUCCUGACGUAAAUACGGUGUUGCACGAGAUUAUUGAAACUGUAGUUAGUGUCAGGAGCCCGGCGUCAAUGCAGCAGAUAUUCCUUGUUGUUAACAAUCCAGAUGUUUUUAAGUCUAUGGAGGCCGUAGCUCGCAUCUCAUAUCUGCAGUGGUUUGCUUUUUUUUGCAACUUCUGGCCUAUAGCUAUGGAGAGGUACCGAUGUAACUUCUGGGCACUGCCUGCAAGUCUUCUACAGCAAUACGGCAGAUUUUUCAAAUCAACGGAAGAGUUGUGCCCAUCACGAUACCCAAUGAUGAAGCAACUUUUGAAACCGCGCUUGCAGAAAAUUUUGGAUUUUGAUCCCUACAACCGAUACGUGUAUCAACUGUUGUGCUUCACGUAUCGUGCCGUGUUUCUGUUUGCGUAA